AUGACAAACUGAAAGAGGAGGCGGUAACGUAGUAAUAGAGAGGAUGAUAAAGUGAGAGACAGAGAGGGUGAGAAAGAGAAAGAAGGGAGUAAGGUAGAGAGAGAGGAUGAGAAAGAGAGAGACAGAGAGGAUGAAAAAGAAGGGAGUAAGGUAGAGAGAGAGGAUGAGAAAGAGAGAGAAAGAGUUUGAUAAGCAGAAGGAGGAAAGGUAGGUAAGCUGACCUUCGCAAGUCAAGUUAAGAUCGAGGCUGCAGUGACGUCACGAGAUACUACCAGACGACGACGUACAGACAGACGUUGGAUGUGGACGUUCAACUCUCAGAAGCCAUGUCAGCUGAAACCCCCCAACGUGCUGUUUCUAAUGGUGCACCGGACAAUGAGGAGGACACAUUUGAGAAGGAUUUGAAUGAAAUGCUGCAGGAUGCUCCAAGUCUAAACGAUAGUUGUUCAACUGUUCAGAGUGGCAGUCCACGGAAGAUCGCUACGGCUGCUGCAGCACCUCCUACCACCUUUAAUUCCAACCCUGCAGAUACUUCACACACUCGACCAUACACUGGGCCACCAGCUACCCCUUCAGAGAAGUCUCAGAAAGCUUCAGACUCAAAUGGGAUGACUCGAACAAUAUCAAGCAAACUGUAUCCCACAGGUUGCUUUUCUUUGGCAGCCACAAGUAAUAUUCCACUGUCGAGUCCUCAGAGCAAUGGAGAUUUCGUACCUAAAGGCAGUGUCACUCAGACUGCUGUAUCCAAGAUUGACACAAUUCGCUCAUGGAGCUUGAAUACAUACAAAUGUACUCGUCAACUUUUAUCUGAAAAAUUUGGCAAGGGUUCGCGAACUGUAGAUCUGGAGUUGGAAACUCAGAUCGAAGCUUUGCGUGAAACACAACGCAAAUAUUGCAACAUUUUGCGUCUGGCACGUUCUCUAACCAAUCAUUUCUAUUAUGUGGUGCAAACUCAAAAAGCUCUUGGAGAAUCUUUCUCUGAGUUAGCUGCAAAAUCUCCAGAUCUCCAGGAGGAAUUUACUUACAAUUCUGAAACACAGAGAACACUAAGUAGAAAUGGUGAAGUACUAUUGGGUGCCAUGAAUUUUUUUACUUCUUCUGUGAACACACUAUGCAAUAAAACUAUGGAAGACACUCUACUUACAAUAAAACAGUAUGAAAAUGCUAGACUGGAAUAUGAUGCAUAUAGAAAUGACCUUGAGUUUGCUCAAAUGGGACCACGAGAUAGUAAUUCUAUACCCAAAGUUGAAGAUGCCAAGACCAAGUUUGAAGAACAUAAACAAAAAUAUGAAUCUCUACGUGCUGAUGUAGCCAUCAAGCUAAAUUUUUUGGAAGAAAAUAAGGUGAAAGUCAUGCACAAGCAACUUCUUUUGUUCCACAAUGCGGUGUCGGCAUACUUCAGUGGGAAUGAGACAGCUUUGGAUGCAACAUUGAAGCAGUUCAACAUUAAAUUGAAAACAGCCAAUUCUUCAAAGCCAUCUUGGAUUGAACAGUAGUCAACUUCAUUUUGUGACUUUGAGGAACCAUGCACCUUGCAGGCCAAAGCACCUACAUACGAAUAUACACAGAGAUGUUCUUAGAAUUACUUACACACACACACAUACAUAUGCAUUCACACAAACACACAAACACACAAACAUACACACCAUUAUAUGUACAUUGAAAAUUGAUGUUGAACAGAUGUGCACUCUACCAGCUAAAGUGAAAAUUUUGGAGCCCAUGUACAUGCAUGCCAACACAAACCUUCAGAGACGGAUGGUAAGAGCAAAUCAGCACUUAUAAAAGGUGCAUGUUGUCUAUCCCAGUACAUGACACAUCCGCUUGUAUACACUCUUACUUACCAACACAUAUUAUAGAAAACUGCCUUUGUGGAGAAUAAUUUUUACUACUUUUAUAUUGGUAUUUACUAGAUAAGUCUUUAUUCCAAAAUUAAGUCUAUUCAAAACUGAGUUGUUUUCAUGUGAUAUCAGACAUUAUAAGAUAUUUGAAAUAGAGAAGUGCGAUAGAUCCAUUGAUAGGGAUGCAAACCACGUAUAGUUUUCUUGCCAGGUGACCUUGUUAUUUGUUCAAUAACAUUUCCUGCCAUUCCAUCUUCUCAAAUUAGACAAUAUAAUGUGUUUCUGCUAUUUUGAUAGUACUACUUUAUUUCACCAAGAUAUUUCAUUAACUACUUACAGCAAACUUAGCGGCUGCUCUACUAGUAUCUAUCAUUGUGAGGUAUCCAACCUCAUUUAGAAUGUUUUUUUUUUACAAAAAAAACAAAAAUCAAAAAAAAAACAUCUGACGGUUAGAACUUGGAUAGGAUCUCACAAUGGUGGGUAUUAAUAGAAUUGCCUAUGGUGCAAGCUUGCAUACACAUUUGUAUAUGCUUGCUUGCAAUUGCAUGCACACGUGUGCACACACACACACACACACACACACUAUCCCCCCUCUCUCUCUCCACUCACAGCUACAGUUCUUGUACUCAGGCAUCAUUAUUUCUGUAUGUUAUCUCUUAGUAACAGUUCUCUUGAAUUCAAUAGAUGUUGCCUGAUAUAAUUUCACUUCUCAUUACUAUAUUUGUAAUGGAUUAGAAGGUUUUCUAAAGUAUUAUAGUAAUGAAGGUUUUCUACAGCAUUAUAAUAAUGGCAAUAUAUAUCCUGUGAGUUGUAGUAGCUUAUUGCCAUAUUGUUAGGGAGUCAGAUGCACAAUUGCUUGAAACAUUAGGAAGAUGUUUUAGUGUUUUAUUAUUUUUAUUUCUUUGUCAUAUAUUUCUUGUUACAUGUCAUAUUAUCGGUUGGUUUGUAAGUAGUAUGUGUACAAGUAUGGCAUAUCUGCACAGUAUGCAGAAUUACAAUGGGUUCAGUGUUAUCACAUGGACAGUAUUGUUUGUGCAGUUAGCAGUAACCAGGAUAAAGGUCUUUGCUUCUCUGUUCAUCACGAAAAGCCAGUCCAUUGUUCAGAACCUUUGAGAUUUGGCAACAUGAACACAAGCUGUAUGGAUCCCACUUUCAUUUGGCCUGCUUGCCUUGUUUAACUCUUUACUUGGGGAGAACCAAAUUAAAAAAAAAAUAUAUAUAUAUAUAUAUAAAACAUUAAAAAAAAAUACUUCUAUGGAUUGAGCUGGAUUUUCCCUGCACCAUUUUACCCUCCCCCUAUAAAUCCUCUUUAUAUUCCACUCUUUGGCCUUCUAUUGGGAAAGGUCAUCAGUAAUUUAAAAGAAAAUAUUGGAAAUCCUUCUAUAUUUCUCUGUAAA